GCUGACAUAGUCAACUUUGCACUAAAAUUGAAAAGUUUACCAGAAGAAAAGGAUCGAUCUUUAAUAGUUUACUGAAUCUUAAGAAACAAGGCUCAAGAAGAUUCUACCAUGGCUACUCCCACGAAAACUAUCAUUGCCACAACCGACCAAUCACCACCUCCCACCGUCAACAGAGAAGUUGUCAUAGUAACGUCUAUCCUUAUUUUCAUCCUUGGGUUUGUUGGGAAUGCCUUCAUCUGCUUUGGAUUCUGUCGUUUUCGUCAGCUGCGCUCCCUUACCAACUAUUUCGUGCUGAACCUCUCCAUUGCAGAUCUUCUGUUAGUGACGGCUCUCGCAGGAUGGAUUAUACACGAUCUCCGUGGGAAUCCACCCGAUGAAAAGAUUCUGAUCGCACUUCUCAUCAAUAUCGACGUGUUGUGUUUCUCGACAUCGAUGCUCAACAUGAUGACAAUCAGCUUGGACAGGUACUGCGCCGUUGUCUAUCCUCUCCAAUACCCACAUAUUAUUACAAAGUCACGUGCUUGCGUCGCUACUUUCCUUAUUUGGGCGUACUCUUUAGCCAUGGCGGGUAUUGGUGUGAGUCGAUUUUUCACGGACGCAAUGGAAAAUUCCGACAAGAUAUUCUUGUCUGUGUUAAGUACCGUCAAUUUUGUGAUCCCGGCUGUGGUGAUGGUUCUCACGCAUUUAAGCAUCUUUAGAAUUGCUUGGAAUGCAAAGCAACGAUCGAUGGCGGAUCUUGGCGGUAUUGAAGGGGUGCAUAACAUGAAGGAAUUGCUCCUAAGCCUGAAACUCUCGUUUAAUACACUCGUCAUCUUGUUUCCCAUGGUAACAGCGUGGGGCAUUUUUUACGGAAUAACGGUUUCAGAGACACUCUGGCCGACCCAGAUUCAACUUUCUGCAGGGUUUUCCAUCGCCGUUGGUCUUCUGCCGCAUAUAGCAGCUGCCAUCGAUCCCAUUGUCUACAUACUCGUCACACGUGACUUGCGCAGGAAAUUGUGUCAUUUUUAGAAACGACUGAAGGAAAAACGCGAAACCCUCAAAACAUUUUACCAUGAGAAAAUAUGU